GCCGGCAGAGUUAGGCAGGUUGGACCAAAUAUUUGGCCUAUGCGAGGGUCCAUACGCUCUUACCAUACACCAUCACAGCCGCAUUCACAAAAUCAAGGGCACGCCGUCUUUUCGCAAGAAAUGUUUGUUUCUGAGAUGGAGAGAGCACUCGAGGUUGAGAGGGCACGACACAGUUCUGAGAUGGAGAGAGCACUCGAGGCUGAGUGGGCAAGACAAGCUUCUGAGAUCGAGAGAGUACUUGAGGGUGAGCGGGCACGACACAAGUUACAAAUGGAUGAGGUGUUGACAGCACAAUCUCAGAUUAUGUCCCGUUUUAGCCAAAUGGAGUCAUUGUGGCGCCAAUCAGUAUCCGUGCCUGGAGUCUCUCAUGAUAAUAUAGUGCCAGACAAAAAUUCUGCACAUCAUAUGAAUGUGUCAUCUGUUGAUAGCAGAUCAGAUCCUACGGAAAAUGCUAUGCAGUUACCCGAUCAUGAAAAUCUUGCUGACGAUUGAUAUUGGGUAACAUUUAGGUUUAUUUUGGUUGGC